AUGGCUAUAUUACACAGAGCUUUGUUUACAUGGUUUAUUUUUCUCGUGUUUCUUAUAUUGUUAUGUCUUCGGCUGGAAUCUAAAACACAUUGGAAUUGGUUCAUAGUUUUUAUCCCUAUGUGGGUUUAUGAUAGUAUAUUAUUAAUUUAUGUUCUAUUUCAUAUGAUAUCCCACUGCAGAAAUGGUAUUGAAAGAUUUCGUGGAACAAUCAACAAAAACGUAUGGUACAUUGCAGCAAUUGGUCUAAAAAUGGCUGCUCAAAUAAUUACCUGUAUUAAAUUAGAAUAUACAAAAGUUAAUUUGCCUAUUUAUGUUGUUCUUGCGCCUGUAUGGAUGUUACUUCCUGUACUUUGUGUUGAAGUAUUUACGCAUCUUAUAAAACAUUCAAGUGGUAGUAGUCGUUACUAA